AUGGCGAAGAAAAAGAAGGCCCAGCAGUCAGAAGAAACUGGCGGGACCAACGGCACCCUCCCGCCGCCAACGCAGAUUCCCGCAUCUCCUUCCAUAGCUUCCUCGGCCGCUUCCAAAACCUCCGCCAGCAAGACUGAAGCUCCGGAGCCGCCAAUCUCGUCGCUGGUCAUAUGCCGAAACAAACACUGGCGAUACAUAUCGUCUUUUCAUGGGCCAUGGCUCCAGUUACCUCCCGAAGUCCUCGAGUCCCUCGCCCACAGCAACUACAUGUCCCCGCGUCCCCAUCCCAUAGACCCUGCCGUGUUCUACGACCUUGUUAAAAUCCGCAAAGCCGUCGACGAAGCCACCAACCUUGCCGUACGCGCUACCAGCGGGUUGACCUCCGCAGCCCUCAGUAACUCGCUCAAUGCCGGAAACGGGAUGAUGGGAGGCGCGGCAGCGUUAGGCCUGGGCUAUGGCGGAGGCGGGGGCAACAUGAAGUUGAGCAAGGAGAGGAAAUACCGGAUGCGGGAGCUGGCAACGACCAAGCUCUCACACGCCUAUCACCUGGACGAGAUUGCUGCCAGUGUUGCAACCAUGCAGUCCGCAUCGACGCUGGAAGACGUCGCGCAUCUGGUGCUCCAGCGCAAUCCCAACGACCCUGAGGCCAAGUACGUCCACUUCUUCCAUGAGAAGAUUCCCUCCCGGAUGAUGGCGCAGUACACUCCGCUGGACCCGCUCAACGAGAUAAUAGCGGAGAGGUCGAAUGAUGGAUCGCCUUACCGCACUCGCGCUCUCGCACGGAUAUUCAAGGAUGACUACCUCGGCGCCGCGCGGGACUUGACUGAGGGAUUGGCAGUUGCGCGGAUGUUGAUGGCGCAACAUAGAGCCGGCAGAGAUCAACUUGUACUAGCAUCCAAAGCUCGGGAGGAGGCGGAGCGGCGGUAUGGCCAUGGCAACUGGAAAGAUGAAAUCAAGAUCCCUGAGGAGGACCAGCCAAGUAGCCUCGAGACACAGCUGCUGUUCCACCGCGCCGGCAUCUACUUCGCCAUUGCGUGUCAGCAUGUGAAUGAGGCACUGGAUGGGCUCAAGGAAGCAGAAGAGGCGAAGAGACAAGCCAACGGCGCGUCAAACGGCGAGAAUGGCGAGCCACACGAACCACCACCGCUCAGUGCUGCCGAUAGGGAAGCGCAUCGCAAGCGGCUCGAAGCACGGAAAACAGUGAAGACGAUGGCUCGCCGCGCAUUACGGGACUACAUGGCCUUCCUCGCUCACUUCGACUACACGCCUGGCCUUCCCUCCCAGCUCGCCGAGGAGUUCAUCCGUCGCGUCGCUGAUGUCGCGACUGGUCCUGCUGCGUCCAAAGCACCACACACACGGCGAAUGCUCGAAUCCAUGAACCUCACCAACGACAUCAACGACACCAACGGUGUCAACGGCACCAACGCGAACGGUCACGCCUCCGAUGCUCUCGUACGGUACUCCAACCCUAAAAGCACCGAACAAACGUCCAACACCUGGCCCAAGUUUCCCCCGCCAGAGAUCUACAAAGUCUCCGACCUCUUCCAGCCGAACCCAUUACCCUUUCUCCCACCCUACCCACCACCCCUUACAUCUCUCCAACAAAACGGCCACGCUCCUCCUCCGCAGUCAGCGAUCGCCUCCGCCCUAGCCGACUCCCACGAGGCAAUAACCUACCACCCCCUCCUAACCGACGCCCUCCACAGCCUGCUUCUGUGCCACUCUCUCUUACAAACCCCACCCAAAGAACUCUUACGACAUGCCCACAACGCUGCUCGUCUAGCACGGGUCUGCGACGGAUACCCCAUCUUCCUCGCCGCGCGGAGCCCGGCCCGCGCUGACUGGAUCGAGGUCCUGCGGCGCGCUGGGAACUGGAUCGGGGUCUUGCAGAGCUGGGAGGUGCUGUGUCGGCCCGCGCCGUUGCCGGGGCACGGUGCCCAGCCCGGCGAGGCGGUUGUGAAAAAUGGGAAGGCCGCCGCACCCACCGGCCCGAAACCGGAGACAGAGGCCCAAAAGCGCGAGCGCCAGAAACACGAAGCGAUUCUCGAAGCCCUAGCCGACGAGCGCGUAGUCGACGAAGAAUCGUUCCAGCGUGCCGUCCGUGCACGCGAGCGGCGUAACCGCGAGGACGAGGAGCUAGAUGCGCGCAUGGCUUCCCAGAACACCACCAAAAAAGGCGAGAACGGUGAAGCCUUGCCUCCGCAGCCAAAGCGCUGGGCCCAGGAAGACGGGAAGGAGUAUCCCAUCACUACUGAGCGGGCGGAGGCGAUUGCGCGGUGGGUCAGGGAGGCGCCGCUUAGUGUUGAGGGUGCGAAGAAGGGGGGAAGGAAGAAGGGGAGGGCGGUAGGAGCCGGGAGAAAGGGGAGGGAGAGCCUUGGGGUGGAUAGCCCGUUGGCGGGGAGUGUGGGGGAGCUUAGUCAGUUGAGCUUGGAGGAUGUGGGGGAUGGGAGGUUGGAAGAGGAGGUUGAUGAGUAG